AUGCAGUGGGUAGACUACACAGCAACAACCCGAGUGCGCGUGUUUCCUCUUGAAGAGUUCAUUCGAAUUCUUCGGAAAGAGAAACGGAUCGGGAUCUGCUCGGCUGUAGAGUACAUGCUUCAAGAUGACACAAUCCUCCCCGAAGGCUCCGCCACCGGUCAAUACUACCUGGAGCCUGAUUUAGCAAGCUUUUACCGAAAUGGCAGUAUGGUAGCACCCGCAGCCCCGAGCGCUACUGUCAUGACGUUCUGGAAAUCGGAAGAUGGCAAGCCCGUGGAAGGGUGUCCGAGAAGUGUGUUGCGAAAUGUUGUUGAUGCACUUUACAAAAGCCACGAAAUCAAUAUCUUGUGUGGCUUCGAGAUCGAAGUGGUAUUCCUAAAGCCAAAAAAGGACCAGCAGACUGGCCAGACGACCAGCUACCACCCAGUAACCACCAACCACUCAUGGUCCCAAAUGACCACCGAGACAAGAAGAAUGGUACCUAUUCUGGAAGAAAUUACACGGAUAUUGAAAGCCAUGGACAUCCAACUCGAGCAAAUCCACGCCGAGUCAGCAAAUGGCCAAUUUGAAUUUGUUCUCCCCCCAGCAUCUCCUCUGGCGGCAGUGGAUACCCUUUACGCCGCACGACAAGUUGUUGCUACUAUCGCAGACCAACACGGUCUCCGCGCAACGCUGCAUCCACGCCCCUUCACUCAUGGAGCUGGUAGUGCCUCUCACACGCAUAUCUCAAUCGACCCAUCUACAAGCGAAGAUUCCUUCCUUGCUGGUAUCUUGGAUCACUUCUCAUCUAUCGCGGCAUUUUCCCUCUCACAGGAUGCAAGCUACGAACGCAUUCGUUCGGGUAUAUGGUCGGGCUCGGAAUGGAUUGCAUGGGGCUUCCAGAAUCGAGAAGCACCAGUGCGCAAAAUCAGCCCUGGGCAUUGGGAGUUCAAGUCUAUGGAUGGACUUGCGAAUCCUUACCUUGCCGUUGCUGCUAUUUUGGCUGCAGGAUACCUGGGUUUGGAGAAUAGAGUUCCCCUCACUUUGAAGGAUUGUCCAGUGGAUGCUUCUACCCUUACCGAUGCUCAGCGCUUUGAUCUUGGUGUCACCAAGAAAAUUCCUCAAUCCCUGCAAGAAAGUAUUGAAUCGCUUGUAGCUGACGAGCCUUUACGCGUUCUGCUGGGACCGGAUUUCGUGAAGAAAUACAUUACUGUGAAGAGGGCGGAAUCAGCUCGCCUGUUGUCUAUGGAGCCUGAAGAACGCGGGUUGUGGGUUCUGGAGAGAUACUAA